CAUGUGCAUAGCAGCCUUUGUUUGGCAAUCUCACCCACUCUACCCUCUUCUUCUCUUGCUCAACAGAGAUGAGUAUCACAACAGGCCCACAAAGCCAUUAGCAUGGUGGGAAGGCUGUGAUAUAUUGGGAGGGAGGGAUGAAGUUGCAGGAGGGACAUGGUUGGCGUGUUCAAGGCAAGGGAGGGUUGCCUUUCUCACAAAUGUGUUAGAGCUUCGUCCCCGGCUUCGGCCUUUUAGCCGUGGAGAACUCCCUGUAAAAUUCCUCGAGAGCAGAAAGAGUCCCCAUGAAUACGCAGAAGAAAUAACAAAGGAAGGUGAUGAGUAUAAUGGGUUUAACCUGAUUGUAGCUGAUAUUGCUUCCAAAACCAUGGUGUAUGUCUCCAACAGGCCAGAAGGUGAGCCCCCUACCAUUCAAGAGAUUUCUCCAGGGAUUCAUGUGCUGUCAAAUGCAAAGCUUGGCAUCCCAUGGCAUAAGGUCCAGAGAUUGAGAGGAAAAUUCAAGGAACUUCUAGGCAAAUAUGGUGAAAGUGACAUUCCUAUAAAAGAGAUGAUUGAGAAACUAAUGAGAGAUAAAGUUAAAGCUGACGAGAGUAUGUUGCCUCACAUUUGUGCUCUUGACUGGGAGUGUGAUCAAAGUUCCAUUUUCACUGACACAGAGACAAAAAUGGGGCAUUUUGGAACCAGAAGCACAGCUGCAUUAACAGUAACAGCAACUGGAGAAGUAACUUUUUAUGAGACCUGUCUUGAGAAGGAAAUAUGGGCGGAGAAAACUGUGAAUUAUUGUAUUGAGAAGAUGAAGUAGAUGAAAAUAAUGAACCAGCAAUCAGUUCCUAAAUAAGAGAGUUGUCUGACCAUUUAUAGGAUUACAUCCAUCCAUCUAUCUAUCACAACAGUGACGGUAGAUACCUCAAAUACAUUUUGGAAAGACAAUUGGCAUUGUCUUUGGAUUAAGAUUUGAAUUUAUUAAGGUUGAUGACA